AUGAAUGAAGAGAACAGUUCCCCCAUAAAGACAGGAAAAGGGUGUCGCAAAAGAACAAAUAACACAAAGUACUUCAAUGAAAUAGAUGAUGAAUCGGAAGAUAUGGUAAGAUACAGUAAUGUACAUAUGCUACUGUGCACACCAAUGACCAAUUAUAAAUUUAUGAUAUACAUGCAUGUAUGAUUGCAUAUGGCCUAAUAUUUUAAUAGAAAUGUAUUUGCUGUGCCAUCAUGUUCAUUAAGUCAGGCAAUAUUGUGUUGAAUAAACUAAAUUUGAAUAACAUAUGACUGAAUAAAAAGAUGGAAGGGGCAUUGAUUUGAUCCUUGCACCACCUGGUAAAACCCAAGAUUACAAGAACUAGCUGUCAGUAAGAUUCAUAUUUAAACUACAAUUAUAUUCUAUUUGGAACCAAACUACAGCAUUUUAGAUAAUCUAAAUGCAAAACAAACACAACUCACAAACUCAAUUUUUUUAUUUAAUUAUAAAAAUAAAUGUAAAUAUUAUUUGCUAUGUUUAUAAUGUUGCAUGGUCUGGUUUAUUACUUUUUACAGGAACCUGUAAUCAAAAAGUUAAAAGCAUCUGGCCCAAAGAUAACUGAGGCAAACAGAUCAGCCAAUCUUGCUUCAAUGAUAAAGGAGAAAUUAGCUAAGGUUUGUUAAUGUUUUUUACGUCAAUUUUAAAUUAGGGAGCUUAGACAGCAAGCCACAAUAACAGUUAGGGACAUGGUAUACUGGUAUUUUUAGUUGUUUACACUAUUAUUCCCAUUAAGCUGUGCACAGAGCUUCCUAGUUGACAAGUAAAAUCGUCUAGGUUUAAAUUACAGCUUUAUGAUCAGCCUACCCUGUUCUGUAUUGCCUAUAAUUCUAUUGGCAAUGACCAGUUUCAUGAAUAUUUUUCAAAUACGUGACUACUGUACCUAUCUUUAGCAAAGUCAGCCUGAUAAAGAUGGUCAAUCUUGUGAUGAUAAUGACUGCAGACAUAAAAAAGAAAACAUUUUGCUCAAAGAAUAUAUCAAAAUUCUGGAAAGAGAAAAUAAGAGGCUACUUGAUGAAAUUGAAAAUGGCAAUG